CUUUGCUUUUUUAAAAGAAACUUCUCUGUGCCAGGGUUGGUGGGUGGUCCUCCUGAGCUCACCCGCUUAGGUCGGAUCUAUUUUCCACCAUCAUUCACUUUCCAUCUUUAGCAUCGUUUUCAUCCGAGGCCACUGGUCACGCCUUUCGUCGUCCCCUGUAAAAUUUUUGCAAAACCCAUACAACAUCUUUUCUCGCAAAAUGAAAUCCAGCACGGGAAAAAAAAAAAAAAUAUAACGAGUAAAAUUAGUGAAGAUUGAAUAGCCCAGAAUAUCUCAAUUCUCCUGAUUCCUGAAUAUCAUCUUCAUCGUCGUCCUCAAUGCAGAAAUUACCAGACAAUUUGGGUGGAGCGUCUUCCAUUUAUGAGGUGGGUUUGUGUUAAUGGGUAAUGUUACCGGAGGCGUGGCUGCGAAAUUCGCAUUUUUCCCGCCAGACCCACCAACUUACGACGUUCACAGAGAGCCGGAUGGAAAGAUCGUCUUCUCCGGCAUUACCGCCGAUGAGAACAUGGAUGUUCAUCUGAUUGAGACCAGGAGCGGUAAUAAGGUCGUAGCCAUGUUUUGGAGACAACCUUCUGCGAGGUUCACGAUUUUGUACUCUCAUGGUAAUGCCGCUGAUUUGGGUCAGAUGCAAGAGCUUUUCAAUGCGCUCAGAGCUCAUCUUCGUGUCAAUAUCAUGGGAUAUGAUUAUUCAGGCUAUGGAUCAUCUACGGGCAAGCCAACGGAGUUCAACACAUAUUACGAUAUAGAGGCUGUUUAUAAUUGUUUGAAGUGCGAUUAUGGAAUUAGGCAAGAAGAUUUAAUUUUGUAUGGCCAAUCAGUUGGAAGUGGGCCCACACUACACAUGGCUUCUAAAUUGCCCAGGUUGAGAGGUAUUUUUCUUCACAGUGCCAUUCUUUCAGGGAUAAGGGUUUUGUACAAUGUAAAAGUGACAUUCUGGUUUGACAUAUUCAAAAAUAUAGACAAGAUAAGGAAUGUCAACUGUCCUGUGUUAGUUAUACAUGAAACCAACGAUGAUGUAGUUGAUUUUUCACAUGGGAAGCGAUUAUGGGAGCUUUCAAAGGAAAAGUAUGAUCCACUAUGGGUGAACGGUGCAGGACAUUGUAACAUAGAAACAUUUCCAGAGUACUUGAAGCACUUGCGCCAGUUCUUGAAUGCCAUGGGGAAACUUCCAGCCACAACAACACAAACAAAGCAAUCAGCAACUCCAAAUCGUAGUUUUUCUGAUACCAAGCAUGGCAAGUGCUUGGGAUUUAGCUUCAGGUAGCAUCAUUAUUUAAUGGAACUGACAAAUGUGAAAGGCCGAAAUCUUAUAGGGUGUGUUUGGAAUCAUGUUUGGUUGUUGGGAUCAAAACCACGUUUUGGCAAAAGCAAUUCAGAUGUUGUUUCUACCAAAACUAUGCUUCAUUGUUUUGAUCCAUGCCAAUGCGAUUCUAACACUCAUAUAAUAAUAUCAUGCUAAGUUGGAUUGAGGCUCUAUAAUUUGCUACAUUUGGUUUUACAUCAAUUCAGAGAAUAGGGUGUCUUGUCUUU